UAAAUAUUAUUAAAUGAGACCUAUCCCUUGGUUUGUUAGAUUAGGCAUUGAUAUUUCUAUUUUCACAGUACCCAUAUUGUUUUUGGCAAGUAACUAAACCUCUUUAAUUUAUAAGAUUAUCCAAGAUUGGGCACACAUUUCCUCAAUAAUAGAAGAAGAAAAUAUAGAAGAAGAAGUAAAUAAAAGUUUUGAAAUUACUAUAGAUUUCGAUGAAAUCUCAUACAGAAAUGAUAGCACAUUGUCAAGUGAAGAAGUAAUAAGUUUUAGAUAGAGACUUGGAUUUCAAGACCUCAUUUGAUAAUGAUCAAAUAUAUUAAAUAAAUAAUAACAAUCAUAAUUAUUAC